GUAGUAAUUCGCGAGAGUCGGUUCGGGCUGCUCGCGGCCCUCGUACACACAUCCUGCCCGAGCACGAGCAGACUUUAGGUGUAAUUGGCGCUAAUGGAGAGCGGCUCUCGGUCGCUAUGUGGGAAGGCGGGCGGCAGUGAGGCAGCGGCGGCGGCGGCGGAGUGAGCCUCGGCAGUACGCACGCACCAACGGCGGCCGCGCAUGCCUCUGCAGCACAGCACAGCGAGUGCGUAUAUUUUGACUAUAUCGACCCGCGCGAGUGGCACCAACAGCUGCUGAACACACACAUCCACUCGGUUGGUUUUCAGCCGAGAACCCCGAUUCGCACAAACCCCCGCCGUUCGCAGAGGUAAACAAAGCGCCCCCUCGAUGGCUGAGGCCAACGUGAGCAGCAGCAGCAGUGGGCCGACGGAGCCCGAGGCCAGCAACGGUCACCUCGCAGCCGAGCAGGUCGGUACCAGGCGUCCCCAAGCGACGAGGAACGGCGCCGUCAAUCGACGCUCGUCCACGGGCAAGACGUCGCCCGCCACCUCGCCCCUCAAGCCGGCGGCGGCGCCGCGCUCGGCCAGCCUCACGCCCGACCCGAACAACGAGAGGAAGAAGCUGCCGAUGAACAAGAUCCAGGUGGGCCAGGCUGCCUCGCCCAACCUGAAGGUGGUGCGUUCCAAGAUCGGCUCGCUGCAGAACGCCGACCACAAGCCUGGAGGCGGGCAGGUCAGGAUCGAGAGCAAGAAGCUCGACUUCAGCAAGGCGAGCUCUCGCAUCACGGCCAAGAACGACACGUACCAGCCGGGCGGCGGCGACAAGAAGAUCCUGAGCACCAAGCUUGAGUGGUCGGCCAAGAGCAAGAUUGGCUCGCUGGGGAACACGACCCACAAGCCAGGCGGCGGGCAGAAGAAGAUCGAGACGCAGCAGUUGACCUGGGAGGCCAAGUCCAAGGUGGGCUCCAAGGACAACAUCAAACACCAAGCGGGCGGCGGCAACAUCAAGAUCGAGACCAAGAAGCUCGAGUUCAAGGAGAAGAGCUCAAGCAAGGUGGGCUCGCUGGCCAACGUGACCCACAAGCCUGGCGGCGGGGACGUCAAGAUCUUCGACGACAAGGAUUACAUUCGGCAGAAGAAGAAGAGCCAGAGCGGCUCCGAGGGCACCCCUUCAGGCACCCAGAGCCCUAUGCUGAUGCACUCGUCCACCUCUGACCUGGAGCACGAAGGGCUGCAGCAAGUGGCCGCGGCCGCGAUCCCCAACAGGAGUUAAGCGGUUUCCAGUGCUACCGACUCUUGAGUUUUUUUCCCGUUUCGUGCACGUCGCUGUACUUGAUUAACGCGCAGCUCGCUUCUAUUACGCUAAUUGAGUGCGUCGAGUUUAGCGUUAGCACCCGUUCAUUUCGGCGGACGCUGUUUAUCAUUUUGGAUCACGAGCUGAUAAUAACCAGGGACUGACGGAUUGUAAGUAACAAACGUGCGUAUGGAUUGCUUGAAUGCUGAAUAUGGAUGAGAGAGAGAGAAAUAGGAAAAGUGCUAAAUCACGCGCGGCAGCUUCAAUAUACUCUCGACGAAAGCUGGCUAGUUGGAGGAGAAAAUGCGGUUCUGUAUUUGGAGCUAGUUUUUGUACGCGCAUCAUUUUGCUAUAUUUAGAAGUUCAAUGUAACUGCAGCAGCUUUUCACGGCUUUUUUCCCUCGCGACUACUACCAUUAAUAGCAGAGUUAUCCUGAAUAAUAUAAUACUCUUGUUUCUCCUUCCCUCCGCGCUCGCACUAAUUUUCAGAACACACUCACACUCUUUCCACACACACACACCCGUCGAUGUCGCUCCAAGAGAGUGAAAAAAGAUAUUUCCCCCUGAAUCAAGUCCAACCGCGUACACAGGGGAAACUGUUUUUGGCUCUUUCUAAUCUUGUUACCUUCUUAGGUAUAAGUCGGGCAAGAAAAAGCAGAGCUAAUCCCACGCAUUACUAUGUCUGUGUAUGGCGAAAACCCUGCUAACUGUUGAGACCUAUUCGAUGUAAUUACGUACACAGUAUGUACAAUCUAUAUUCUAUUACCUUGCCGAGAAAUGCAAAAUAUUUAAGGAAGCGUUGGUGAGAAAAAAAAUGAGAAAAAGAACACGUAAAUGAUAAACAAAAGAGAACCAAGACAUUAACUAUUAUAUAUGAUAAGAACGCAAACAGUCAGUGGAACUGGAACACCUGUAACGAGAGAGUUGUGUUUUUCAGUGAUAACACACAUGCCAGGCAGAAAUUGGCAGAAUUAUCUCGGGCUCUAUUCCAAAUUGUAUUUGUACGCUCGCGGCAACAGCGCGAAAUCGAUCAAUCACGAGAACCAUAAAUAAAUCACUAACACAUGGCACGCAUAAAAUAUAUCAGAUAAAAACAACUGCGCCCAUAUCGACAUUAUGGUUCUUCCGGUCAGCAAAUUACCUGCGCAUGUGACAUUGUAUCUUGAAAUACUGUGUACAUGUAUUGUCAAACUGAUUAAUUUAAUAAAUUUGAACAAAAACCAA